AUGCCCCGCCCACCAGAGACACCAGAAGUGCGAAAUAGCAAGACACUGGCAUACAUCCUCAGACACGGUGCCGAGAAGGAGGGACUUUAUAUCAGGCAGGAUGGCUAUAUCAAGCUCGUUGACGUCCUCGCCAGACCAAAAAUGAAGGGCGUCGACAAAGACAUGGUCAUCCAGCUUGUCAGGGACAAUGCUAAACAGCGCUUUGAGCUCUUUUGGGGAUACGACCCGUCACCGCCCAGACCGAAGAAGAAGCCAACUCAAGGGAAGACCAAGAAGCAACUCCAGCGGGACAGGGAAGCUCAAGCUCAGGCUCAAGGAGGAGCUGGAGAUGUUUCAGGAGAGGACAAAGGGAAACAGCCCGACGCUGCUGCUGUCGACAAUCUCCAGGCAUCUCUUGUAUCAGCCGCAAUCUCCUCGCCACCUUCUGAGCCUGCUCCACCUCCAGACCUCCCCCUCGUCUCCCUUCCCUUGCCUACCGAGUGUUCGCCUCAACCUCCAUCAGAUGGCCCUCAGGGAGAGUACUUUAUUCGAGCAAGUCAGGGACACUCCAUACAACUGGAGUCUACGGCACAUCUCGAGGAAGUGAAGGAUGAUGAAGAUGGGCGGGCGAGAGUUGGAGAGCUGGUCCAUGGGACAAGAUGGGAGCUUUGGGAUGUCUUGAAGGAACAAGGUCUUUCCAAGAUGACCCGUCAGCAUAUCCAUUUCGCGCCCUCCCUCACAGGCCGCAUCACCCCUCGUCCCACAUCUACCCUGUACAUCUACCUUGAUCUUACAAAGCUCGUCCAAGCUGGUAUACCGAUAUACACCAGUGCGAACGGUGUCGUGUUGACGCCUGGUGGUGAAGGAGGUAUUGUAGGGAAGGAGUUCUGGGCGAAGGCUGUGAGAAAGGUGGACGGGAAGAGGGUCAUAGUCUGGCAAGAUGGGAAAGAGGUGGAGAAGGACGAGUAG